UAAUUCUACCAUGGAUUCAUACAACAAAAUUUGUUUGCGUGUAACUUGGAGUUGUAGCGUGACGUCAUCGUAGAUUAUUUCAUUGGACUUCGACCUCACCUUUUAGUACCACUCAUCUCAUCGGCUCAUGAUAGCUGAAUAACAGCUUUUUGAGCUAAAUUGCUAAAAGCUCUGAAGAAUAAGCUUACUUGAGCUGAAUAAAAUGGUAAUCAGCUAUCAAUAUAAUAAGUAUGGCGUGAAAGCUAAAUUGUGUUCUUGAAGUGCUGAUCGAAGGAUUCCCAGAAUCGAUUCCAGAAUGGAUCAGGAAGCAUUCCUCACUCCUCGUAAGAUCUCUCAGAAUGCGUUUAACGCGGCCGGAAAGUCCACAGCCAGGGCGCAUUCACCGUCCUUUAAACCCUAUUCGCCAAAAUCGCCAAAAUCGUUAUCCAGGUCGUCGGCCGGAACCAGUAGGAUAAACUUACUUCCGGUCAUCCGAACACCACCCUCCAGGAUGCUCAAAGUGUUUGAUAGUCCUACUUUCUUUCAACGGCCAAGUAUUCCCCAAACCGGAAGUGUCACGCAGUUCGAAUGGUGCCUUGACGGGGUGAGCUAUCUCGGUCCGGCCAAUGUGGAAGCGCACGAAACUGAAUUCCUGACUGCCAUCGACAGUUUCAUGGGCAGAAAGUUUAAACAGAAACGGGACGGAGUGGCCCAAACUGUGCUAACGUUCCCAUCAAUUCUACCCAAAGAAGUUGAAGACAAGUUGGCCUCCUGCUUUAGUUUCCAUUACAAUCAACAGCAAGAGCACGAAGUCGAGCAGCAAGAGCACGAAGUCGAGCAGCAAGAGCCUGAUGUAAUUAUCCAUCAUGAUCCCAGAGAUGCGCUCCGCCGAAAACUGUUCAACUGUUCGGCAGAUUCGACCGUUUCGGAGAAUCCAGAUCAGGACGAUUCACUUGAUCACCUGGAUAUCCAUUCACUAAGUCCGGCGCCCGUCUCUCCGGACGUCAACGAAAAAUGCGUGCAAAAUUUGAAGCGAUCGCGUUGUUUUGGAUCUCAGGAAAUCGAGAUCGAUCCGGACAACAUUUCUCUCAGUUCCGUGGUGGACAACGAUACAGAAUCCUUCGGGGCGCUGUCUCCCAUUUCCAAAAUCUCGACAUCGCCUUCUCCGUUGAAGCGAAGUACAAACUCAACAACUCACGAUGCCAUCUUACGGAGCACGCCGGAAAAGCAAACUGACCUAACGGUGGAUUUCACCGAGGAGGACCAAUUGUCUUCCUUGGUAUCGCAAUAUCUGACCACGCCGGAAAAGCAAACUGACCUAACGGUGGAUUUCACUGAGGAGGACCAUUUGUCUUCCUUGGUAUCGCAAUAUCCGACCACGCCGCUUCGUCACACGUCCAGGGAAAGACGCCCUAAUCGGAAGAAUCUGUCCCGGUCCUUCCUGCUAUACUCGGAAGAGGAUCGUUUCGAGGAAGAGCAACAACUUUCGAAGGAGUUCCAUCAAAGGAGUUUCGUUGACAUCAGCAGAGAUAAGGAGAACAUCGACAACGCAAAGGGGAUUCGUCGUUUGGCCAAAUCGGACUCGGAAACCAGCAGCGGUAAGAACGUCUACCACAUGGAUAUUGGAUUCAACGAAGAGGAAACACGUACGAAUCAAGAAACUAACGUUGCAAUGCAAUCCGAGUACUGCGAAGGUGACCAGCAGACUCCGCAACGGUUCGAGAUCACGAAAUGUCCGCCAGGGCCAAUUCUGACGGUACAGCCCCCCUCCCCCCGGGUUGCUCGAUAAGACUGUGAGACAGUAAGUUUCUAAGGGGUCGUCUAUAAACCACGGGGUCAUGUGUCUGGCCAUUAACCAUGGAUCAUAAAUUUUUUGAAGAUAUUGUAUGCAUCACGAAAUCCCCAAAAAAGACCACGUGGUUAAUGGACUACCCCUAGUUGAGAUUUUAUUUUCUAUUACGUUUUUUUUAAUUUGUCGCUUAAAGUUUGUUUGUUAAU